AUGGUCGGCGUUCCUGGAAAAAGCAAAGGCUGUAGCACUUGUCGCCGCCGGAAGAAGGGUUGCGAUCAAAAGCGUCCCAUCUGCGGUCAAUGUGCCUCAAGCGGCAAUGUUUGCGGUGGCUACAAACGCGACAGGACCUUCAUCCUCCACCCGGCCAGCAAAGCUGUCGAAAAGGCAAUCUUUCUCCCUUACACAAGAACCAUAGUCGCUCCACUUCCUGGGUCUUUGAAUCAGACCGCCGUACAAGCGCAAUGUCGAAGUCUGUUCUGGGAUCUAUACAUGCCCCAAGGCGACUGUGCCUGUCGCGACGCCUUCCUGAUACGCUGUGGCCAUCCCAUGAACUGGGCAGAACUUAUACAAGACGUUCCCCGGCAGGACAAUGCUCUGGAAGAGGCGUUUUCCGCCUUGACAAUAUCAAGAGUUGGACAAGCCAACAAGGAUGUUCGCCUGGUCCGCGAGAGCAGCAGAAUCUACGGCAGGGCGCUGAAAGAAUUGCAGGAGGCUCUGUUUGACCCAAAGCGCAUGUACUCUGAUCAUACCCUCAUGGCUUGCAUGUUGCUCGGCUUGUACGAGGUCUUUGAAGGCCCGGCAUUUCGAUCCCGGAGUUGGUUGACACAUGCUGCGGGAGCGGCACGCUUGGUGCAACUCAGAGGUCCCGAGAGGCAUCAACAUUGGGAAGCCCACCACCCAUUUCUGGCCUCUCGAAUUCCCACCGUAUACGCAUCGAUCCUGCAGAGAAAGUCAACCUACCUGGCGACCGAAGAGUGGCUUACCAUCCCGUGGGUAAAGAUGGGACAUAGGACUUAUUUCGAUCGCUUGACAGAUACCACCACUUUGAUUCCUGGGUUUCUUGAAAAAUUGGACAUUCUUCGAGAGAGCGACUCGGAUAUAGGCCAGGAUCUCAUCCAGCUUCUGGAUGACUGUAAAACUGUCCAGGUGACACUGGAUAAGUGGAGAGAUGGGACAAAGAAAGGAGCGACCCCGCGUGUUCAGAGGCAUGACCCGAACGACACAGACGGCUAUCCUUUCGAGACAGACCUUUGGUUCGAGAAUCAUCUUUUUGUGCAUGCUCGCGUUGUCUACUAUGCAUGCUCACUAACGCUUGCUGAGCUCGGCGAUGAUAUCAUGCAGGCUCUCGAACUACGAGAACACAAACUGCCCGAAUCCAUGAACCCAACGUUGCUGAAGGAUAUCCUCAAUGCAGAGCGCUAUGCUUCUAACAUAUGUCGGACUGUCCCAUAUUGUCUCCAGCCGGACAUGGGAGCCUGGGGGGCAAAUAUCAUCAAUUUUCCUGCAAAUCUCGCCUAUUUUUAUUAUCAAAGGAUCCGGCGAAGUGAUGCAACUAGAUGGCUUGAAAAUGCCUUUGAACGUGUCAAACAGAGGGGUGUUCAUGCGGAACAUGUGUUCAAUGAGCUCCUUUUCCGACUGAGGGAGAAGGAGGAGCCUAACUUUCACCUCAAAAGAGAGUCGAGCACAGAGACAACCGAAUCCGGAGGAACACCAGGGUCGGUCCCAAGCUUGUCGACUACAGCAACAACCUUCAUUUACGAAGAUCCAUCCAAAGCGUAUUACAAUGCCAGCAAUGAUCCAGAUUGA